AGGGAACCUUGUUUCUAUUAGUAUUUUGAAUCAUACAUAACCUUCUUUGAAGAUAGAAAAUAUGGCUGCCUUAGAUUACCUUCUUUUUGAAGAAGCUGCUGGUUACGCCAUUUUCAAGGUGUUAAUCCAACAAGAUGAUAUUUCAUCGAGACUGAAGGAAGUUCAAGAAGCUUCAAAUGACUUGGGUAAAUUUUCUAAAAUGAUUGAGUUAGUUUCAUUUGCUCCAUUCAAAGGUGCAGCUCAAGCUUUAGAAAAUGCUAACGAUAUUUCUGAAGGUUUAGUUUCUGAUUAUUUAAAAUCUAUUUUAGAAUUAAAUUUACCAAAAACUAAAAAGAAGAUUACUUUAGGUGUUUCUGAUAAAAAUUUGGGUCCAUCUAUUAAAGAACUCUUCCCUAAUGUUGACUGUUUAGCUAACGAGAUUGUUCAAGAUUUCUUGAGAGGUAUUAGAGUUCAUGGUGCCAAAUUAUUAAAAGAAUUACAAGAUGGUGAUAUUGAAAGAGCUCAAUUAGGUUUGGGUCAUGCUUUCUCUCGUGCCAAAGUUAAGUUCUCUGUUCAAAAGAAUGAUAACCAUAUCAUUCAAGCUAUUGCCCUUUUAGACCAAUUAGAUAAAGAUAUUAAUACUUUCUCUAUGAGAGUUAAAGAAUGGUACGGUUGGCAUUUCCCUGAAUUGGCUAAAAUUGUUUCUGACAAUUAUAGUUAUGCCAGAUUGGCUCUCUUCAUUAAAGAUAAAGCCUCUUUAACUGAUGAUUCUUUACAUGAUGUUGCUGCUUUACUCAAUGACGAUUCAGGUAUUGCUCAAAGAGUCAUUGAUAAUGCUAAAAUUUCUAUGGGUCAAGAUAUUUCUGUUCAAGAUAUGGAAAAUGUUGCUACUUUUGCUCAAAGAGUCGUUUCUAUCUCUGAAUACCGUGCCAAAUUAUAUCAAUACUUAACUGAUAAAAUGCACACCGUUGCUCCUAAUUUGUCUACUUUAAUUGGUGAAGUUGUUGGUGCUAGAUUAAUAUCUCACGCUGGUUCUUUAACUAAUUUAUCUAAACAAGCUGCUUCUACUGUUCAAAUCUUGGGUGCCGAAAAAGCUUUAUUCAGAGCUUUAAAAACCAAAGGUAACACUCCAAAAUAUGGUUUGAUUUAUCAUUCUUCCUUUAUUGGUAAAGCUUCUUCUAAAAAUAAAGGUAGAAUUUCUAGAUACUUAGCUAACAAAUGUUCUAUUGCUUCCAGAAUUGAUAAUUACUCUGAUGAACCAUCUACUGCUUUCGGUCAAAUCUUAAAGAAACAAGUUGAAGAAAGAUUAAACUUCUACGAUACCGGUUCUGCUCCAAUGAAAAACAGUGAUGCUAUCAAAGAAGCUUUAGCCAUUGCUGGUGAUCUCAUCGAUGAAGAUAUGCCGGAUGCCACCGCUGCUGAAGAUGAUGACGAAGAAGAAGAAGAAGAAAAAUCUUCCAAGAAAGAAAAGAAGGAAAAGAAGGAAAAGAAAGAUAAGAAGGAAAAGAAGGAAAAGAAAGAAAAGAAAGAUAAAAAGGAAAAGAAAGAAAAGAAACGUAAAGCUGAAGAUGGUGAAUCUCCAAAAAAGAAGAAGAAGAAGUCUAAGGAUUAAGUUCAUUGAUAAUUUCACCCUAAAGGAGAUUUUUUUGGUGAUAUAUUUAUCACUUGUAUGAAUAACACGUCUAUACUGAAAAAUAUUAUUUAAUCUUUCAUUGGAUCUACAAAGUCCUCUUAUUCAAAGUUUCC